GGAACGACUCCCGGUAAACAAACCAAUACACCGUUUGUGUAAAAUGUGUGUAUCCAUAUCCACUGGGCUAGUACUGUACAUAUAUACCGACUGUGAACUGCCGCCGCAUUAUUCCCAUUCUCACCCCAUCAAGGAUGUGGCACCAUAGCCGGUAUAAAGCAGAAGUCGGAACUGUCACAGUCAACUUACUCGAGUUGAUCGUAACUCACUUUUUUAAGUGCUGACUGGCAUUGUUGCCUAUCAGAGAUUGCAGUCACUCCUGCGUUUAUUAGUGGCUAGUUGCAAUUUAUUUUCUUUUCACUACAUCAUCCAGCGCAACCUCAUUCGGCGCGUCUGGCAUUCCCUUUUUCCGUCGCAUUCGAGGGUGCCGCGCGCGUACAUCGUCUGGCAGUGGUCCUUGUCGUACAUUACAACAGGAAGUCGGCCGCGGUACAAGCGUGUUCAGCUAUUCUUAUGGCCACCAACCGCGACGUAUCCAACUGUGGGAUUUCGCGGGCCAUUUUUUAUUCUGUUAACGCCGUUUGAUUUGCCGUGAAAAUUGAUUGAUAUCGUUUCUUUGUGUUGAGCGGUUUGACGCGGCAACCGGGAAAGACGCAAAAAACUUUACCUAUUCCAGGACGCGCGUAUGUUGCGUGCAUUUAUCAGAACGUUCUUGUUACCGGAACGUUCUUGUCGCAUGCGUUUGUUGCCGAACCGAGACAAAGUUCAGUUGUACAACUGCAAGGAUUUUAUUCAUCUGUUCUCAAGAACCAGUUUUUUUGGGAAUGUAAGGAAAUCCUAAAGAUACCAGCAAAAACAGCUUCAAAGAUGGUAUCCCUUUCUCGAUUCACGGAGAUGCGCGACAGAGCCCAUUCGGAGAUAUUUACUUUCAUUGUUCCGAAAACUAUUUUAAGCGAUUAUGUCCAGGACGUCCAAAGUAAAGAUUUUUCGUAUGGAUACCAGCGAUGGUUCUUGUCAUUUACCAAAACCGAUCAUCACCUGUCAGCAUCCCUACAUCUGCGCAUCAGUCCCAGUCCCAAUGCUGUGACCUGCAUACUGGAUUACACUAUCGUAUUACUCAACCGUGAACAUUUUAGCAGAAACGAAAUUUAUAAUGCCAAAGAUGCCGUCUUUACGGCAGCAUGUGCGGUACAAUCCAGUCCGAAUUUUGUGGGCAUACCGGAUUUACUUUCGAGACAAUUCACCGAUGAUCAAGGAGAAUUUAUCAUUGAUCUCAUUUUGAGAAAUCCCAGAAGUUUCUAUGAAGAUGCAAUACAGGUAUCACCUCGAGUAAAAGGUCGUCCUCUAGAACGGCUGGAAAGUGCUUAUUUUGCCUUUGGAAAUUUGGAAUGGAAUUUAGUCUUGUUGCCGAAUCCUUCUGGUACGAUACUGAAGCUGAACCGAAUGACACAUUUCGAGCAUAGCUGCCAGACAAGAUUUCGAGUAUCCGUUGGACCCGAACACGGGAAUCAUUUUUUAUCCGGUAUUCUGGAUAGUCGCUCCGAUCUCAGUGGGACAGGAGAAUCAAUUAUGGCGAAACUAGCGCUAGAGAAUUAUGUUGAAAACAACGUCGUAAAGGUCAAAGUGGAAAUGUUCUCGGCGAAUUUGCUCAGCGAAAUUAUCAUACCAACACUGCAUCAGUCCGUCCAUUUCUACGAUCGCGAUAAGCAAGGAUGGCAUGUACAGACGUAUGCCUGCGAAAGGGGUGAAACUGAGCUGUUGAAACUGAAGAUGUUCUACAGUGAUGUAAAAAACGUCCCCCGUGAGAUGGCUCGUUACGUAUCAUGGCGAGUGCAGGUGCACCCCACCAACAGUCCGUCGGCAUCCAAACCGGAAACACUGGGGCCUUUUGUUAAAUAUUAUCAGCAGCGCGAUGUUGAUUUUAGCUUCGAAAUAUCAACAAAAGCAUCACUUUCACAGGAACUAGCGGCUGUGCGGGCGAGACGACCAAGUCAAGUUGAAAACGGAAGCAGUGCACAGAGCGAGAGCACCCUAAAUUCCUACACCGUAAUUGUGGAAUGGCUGCAACUGCAUUUACUAACGCCGGCCAAUUUUCAUCAUUAUGAUGAUUUCCAUCGGAUGCAGUAUCACCAGAUGCGGCUGGAGCUGGCCACAGUGCAGAAGGAGUGUUACAGCCUGGAGCGGACAUUACUGCAGUACCAGCACGGAGUCAAGCCGCAGUAUCAUCCGGCGGAUCAAGAUACGAGAUCGGGAAUAGAAUUAGUGAACGGCGUCUAAAAUAUGCAAUUUUUUACAAUUUCUACUUAUUGUCAAACGUUUGUAUUCGGGGCGUGUUAUGAGCGAGACCAGGCUUUUGUAAAGCACUCCUUGCGGAAAACAUGUUUCCAUAAGUAACCGAAAAAGAUGGGGUUCUAUAUGCACGUUUAAAUAUCUUUAUAUAACUGUUCCGUACUUUUCCAUGUUGUAAGCAAAAUUAACGUGCAAUUAAUUCUUGAGCAAUCCUGUAGCACUUGACAAUAAGCGUGGCCAUGUAUGGUGCAUUUGUGAAAUGUAAA